ACAACAGGAGCCUUCCAGACCUCCAUUUUGGAAGCGGUCCGGCGGUCGAGAACGGCAUCUCUGCCGCCUUGCGUCUUUUGCAGCAAGCCACUUCUCACGGAGACGGGCAGACGGCGAUGAUUGACUGGCAGAGAAGCGCUAAGGUGCGAUGCAAAAUCUUUCCGCGUAUUCUACCGCCACCACGCUAGCAUCCCAGCAAAUGGCAUUCCUUUUAUGCAUCUAGUGUGCCUCCGGAUCUGGGGCUCAUGCCGUUUACCACCAACCGCCACACUUCCCCAAAUGCCUCGAAAGUGGUCUUGAGGAGCUCCGUGCUCCAUGCAGGCGUGUAACCUGAACACCUCUUCUUCUUGUUAAUUAUCUCUAUAUAAGAGCACCUCGACUCUACUGUCUUUCUGUCCAUGAGCAAUAACUUCGGCCGUGGAUGCUCAAUCUGAGGCACUAUUACCCGUCCUGCGCCUCCCAGUCUCGAUCUUCAAAGCUACCAAUUACAGCUCCAAGAAUGGGCGGACCAGGCGGCAUCGUCUUGGAAGGUGGAAAUGCUGCGUAUAAAAGUCUCCGAAAUAACGUCAACUCGAAAUGGAUACACGAUCCUGGGCUCCGGAGGCUCAACAUUGGCGUGGGAAUGAUGUUCGCCUCCGCAGCUGCCAACGGAUUCGACGGAAGCCUUAUGAAUGGCUUGCUUGCGAUUCCUCGGUUCAAGGAUGACCUGGGACAUAUAUCGACCAAUAUCCUAGGCCUCAUCAUUGCUGGUAUCAGCCUAGGAGGACUCCCUAGCUUUAUUCCAGCUUCGUACGUGAGUGAUCAGAUAGGCCGCCGAUACACCGUAGGCAUUGGAUCCUUCCUUAUGGUCGCCGCUGCGAUAAUCCAGUGUGCAACCUACGGUCCUUGGGCAUUUCUAGGCACUCGAAUCAUGCUUGGCAUUGGACUUGGAUUCUCACAAACAUCAGCACCGCCCCUCACAACUGAAAUUGCGCAUCCGAAGCACCGGGGCCAAGUGACCGCACUAUUCCAGGCCGUCUGGUACUGGGGCGCCAUCGUCUCUGCGUGCGUUACGCUCGGAACUCUGUUUCUCGAUAGCAGCUGGAGCUGGAGGCUUCCAUGCCUUCUCCAAGGACUAUUCCCUGGCAUUCAACUUCUGGGCCUCUUCAUAGUUCCCGAAUCGCCCAGAUGGCUCGUUUCGAAGAAUCGAAUGGCAGAGGCUCUUACUAUCCUGGCGAGGUAUCACGCAAAUGGUGAUGCUGAAGACGAGCUUGUGAAGUAUGAGUUCAGUGAGAUAUGCGAAGCAAUCGAACAAGAAAGAGAAGUCGCAAACUCAACUGGAUUCAGAUCAUUUUUGGAAUCGAAAGGGAACCGGCAUCGACUCCUGAUUUGUGUCUUGGUGGGCUUCAUGAUCCAGUGGGCCGGCAACGGAAUCGUCUCCUACUACCUGGCUCCCAUACUCGAGUCCGUCGGUAUCACUUCUUCGGUCUCACAAGCCGCGAUCAAUCUUGGUCUCCAAAUGUGGAAUGCUCUUCUGGCAGCUGCUGGAGCCAUGGCUGCCGAGAGAUAUGGACGUCGGCCGCUGUGGAUGAUCUCGGCCUGUGGCAUGCUUGUUUCUUUCAUCGUUGUCACUGCACUCUCCGCCGUCUUCGCUGAACAGCAUAUUAAAUCCGCAGGAAGUGCCGUAGUUGCUUUCCUCUUCGUCUUCUUCGGAUUCUAUGACAUUGCUUUCACGCCCCUCUCGAUCGCAUACCCGGUCGAGAUCCUCCCGUUUCACCUUCGUUCCAAAGGGCUCUCUAUAAACUUGACGGUUGUGUUCGGAGCAGGAUUCUUCAACCAGUACGUCAAUCCCAUAGCGCUGGGUGCUAUACAGUGGAAGUUUUACUUUGUAUAUAUCGCGACGCUGACUUCGAUGCUUUUCAUCAUUUACUUUCUUUUCCCGGAGACGAAAGGUAGGACUUUGGAGGAGAUUGCCAUAGUAUUCGACGGCGAAAGCGCUGUCCCAGGAGCUGAACGGCGGCUGUCACUAGCUCUUGUGAACUCGAUGGUGGAGAAAGGUAGCGUACAUCGUGAAUAUAUUGAAACAAAGGGGUCGUAGCGUCUUCUAGGUGUAUUU